UCUGGACAGCGCCCCGAACAGGCUGCCGCUGGACGCCCCUUCCUCUAUCUUCACCGGCGCUGACCCUCUGGUCCCCCCUGCUGCUGAGAAAGAAAAUUACAUCGGGAUCCAUGCAGCCCGCGAUGAUGAUGUUUUCCAGUAAAUACUGGGCAAGGAGAGGGUUGUCCCUGGAUUCAGCGGUGCCAGAAGAGCAUCAGAUACUUGGCAACUUAACACUAAAUAAAGCUGCCUCUAGCAAAAAUGAUGAUAAAAAAAGCAGCAGAGGAAGCAGCAAGAGUGACACCACCACGGAGAGCGGCAAGACAGCAGUGGUGUUUUCCUUGAAGAAUGAAGUUGGUGGACUGGUAAAAGCACUGAGACUUUUUCAGGAAAAACAUGUCAACAUGGCUCAUAUCGAAUCCAGGAGAUCCCGGCGAAGAAGUUCUGAGGUUGAAAUCUUCGUGGACUGUGAAUGUGAUAAAACAGAAUUUAAUGAGCUCAUUCAGUCGCUGAAAUUUCAGACCACCAUUGUGACACUGAAUCCACCCGAGAACAUUUGGACAGAGGAAGAAGAACUAGAGGAUGUGCCUUGGUUCCCCCGGAAGAUCUCUGAGUUAGACAAAUGCUCUCACAGAGUUCUCAUGUAUGGUACUGAGCUUGAUGCCGACCACCCAGGAUUUAAGGACAAUGUCUAUCGACAGAGGAGGAAGUAUUUCGUGGAUGUGGCCAUGGGUUAUAAAUAUGGUCAGCCCAUACCCAGGGUGGAGUACACGGAAGAGGAAACUAAAACUUGGGGCGUUGUGUUCCGGGAGCUCUCCAAACUCUACCCAACCCACGCUUGCCGGGAGUAUCUGAAAAACUUCCCCCUGCUGACUAAGUACUGUGGCUACAGGGAGGACAAUGUGCCUCAACUGGAGGACGUCUCAAUGUUUCUGAAAGAGCAGUCUGGCUUCACUGUGAGGCCAGUAGCUGGCUACCUGAGCCCACGAGACUUCCUGGCAGGCCUGGCCUACAGAGUGUUCCAUUGUACUCAGUAUGUGCGGCAUGGCUCCGACCCCCUCUACACCCCGGAACCAGACACAUGCCAUGAACUGUUGGGACACGUUCCACUACUUGCAGAUCCCAAGUUUGCUCAAUUUUCACAAGAAAUAGGUCUAGCAUCCCUGGGAGCAUCAGAUGAAGAUGUUCAGAAACUAGCCACGUGUUAUUUCUUCACAAUCGAGUUUGGCCUUUGUAAGCAAGAAGGUCAACUGCGGGCAUAUGGAGCAGGUCUGCUUUCCUCCAUUGGAGAAUUAAAGCAUGCUCUUUCUGACAAGGCGUGUGUGAAAGCCUUCGAUCCAAAGACAACCUGCUUACAAGAGUGCCUAAUCACCACCUUCCAGGAUGCCUACUUUGUUUCAGAAAGUUUUGAAGAAGCCAAAGAAAAGAUGAGGGACUUUGCAAAGUCAAUUACCCGCCCCUUCUCAGUAUACUUCAAUCCCUACACGCAGAGUAUUGAAAUUCUGAAAGAUACCAGAAGUAUUGAAAAUGUCGUGCAGGACCUACGUAGUGAUUUGAACACAGUGUGUGAUGCCUUGAACAAAAUGAACCAAUAUCUGGGGAUUUGAUGCCUAGAAUCAGGGUUGUUGUCAGCAUGAUCUUUUGGGGGCUUGCCAACAAUUCAGUCAGUGUUAUCAAACAUCAAUAACUUUCUGUGUCAUGGCUUGGCUAAUAAGCAUGCAAUUCUGUAUACAUAUACCUAUAUAUAACUUACUGUCUUAAUAUAUGAAAAUGCUCUAAGUAACCCAUGUAGAUAACCACUCAUUGUUUGAAAGAUUGUGAUAUGUUUUAAUGUCUCAAAUAGAUUUGACAUUUCUGCUCAGCUGACAAACUGCAUCUUAAACAAAAUGUGUCUUUAAAAUUUGUAGCAAUUGUACUUGCACAAUUCUGACGUAUGACCUUGUCUUCCUUGAAUCCGAGCCUUUCUUCUCUGUUCAUUAGAUAAAACGAAAAUAGUAGUGAAGUAGUUUCCAUUUUCAAAACUAUCAGUGUUUUCACAGUAUUAUUUGAGAUAAACUGAGAGUAGUUCCAACCUUCUCAUCACAAACAAAAUGUUCAGUAUUUUACUUCAAAAAUUGUUGAGAAACAACAGUUGGAUUGAUUUGGGGCUAAGUAUUUAUAUAAUGCAAGAAAAGAAAACUUUUUACAAAGAGGAUGUAUAGGUUGCACUGACCUCAUUGAAACUGAUUUAUGGUAAGUUUCCUGAAGUAUUUUGGAAGGCAACAUUUCCAGGAAGAAUAUUAAGGAAUAUU